GGUCGGGACGGGUUGUAAUUUUGUAAAUGAGUCGUGUAUCCCGCUUUGCCUCCAAAUAAAAAUCAGUGGAACUGUGAUAAGAUCUUUGAUGCGCCUGUUUUCUUCUUUCUCCUAAAAAAACACAUUCUAGUUCAGAGAUCCAGCCAAUCCACCGGCGGCCAUGUGCCUACGCCGGAGAACUCGUCCUUUGGACCGUUGUGUUCGUCUUAUCUUGUACUAUUGAACAAAGGGAUCCAUAAAUUGGCAUGGCGGUGGCAACAAGUCUCCUUCUUGUCUCAUUAUGCCGUUCCCGUUGCUCGUUAACCCCACAACCAUCAUCAGCGAAAUUGAAAUACACUCCAAAUCUCUUUUCCCGGGGCCUUGCUCACUGUAAAGUUAGUGUGUUUUGCAGUAACAAAAGCACUGAGAAGAAGGAGAAGAAGAAAAAGAAUGGAAGGCUAGAACAGACUUCGAGGUCUGCUUCUGCGGAAGCAGUGGUGAAGAGAAGGACCCGUUCGGAUAGGGAGUUCGAUAUGGAGCUUGUGGAGCACUACGGCAUUUCUGGGGCCCACACCCCCGUUAUGCUGGGUGAGGUCUUGGAGGUUUUUGCUGCUUCAACUCUACGUUCCUUUGUUGAUUGCACCCUUGGAGCUGCCGGUCACUCUUCUGCGAUAAUUCAAGCCCAUUCUGAAUUGCAACUAUACAUUGGAUUAGAUGUUGAUUCCAUGGCACAUGAAAUGGCUCAAGCUCAGAUAAAUGCCAUCUUAAAUGCUAAUUCAUGCCGCUCAGGUUCAAAUUUAAAAGCAUAUACACUCCUGAGAAAUUUUAAAGACAUCAAGUCUGUUCUUCAUGGAGUUGAUGGAGAACUCUUGAUCCAUGGAGUUGAUGGAAUCUUAAUGGACUUGGGAAUGUCAUCCAUGCAGGUAAAUAAUGCAGAAAGAGGGUUCAGUAUUCUCAAUGAUGGACCUCUGGAUAUGCGGAUGAACUUUCAGGGAAGUUUGAAAGCAGAAGACAUCUUGAAUUCUUGGCCAGAGGCUGAAGUUGGACGGAUUUUGCGGGAUUAUGGUGAAGAGAGCAACUGGCAUUGUCUUCAGACAAAGAUUGUGAAUGCUCGUUUAUGUGGUGGAUUGCAUUCCACUGGUGAAUUGGUAGAUCUUGUUCGGAGUAUGACACCAAAGUCGGCAGGUAGACAGGGUUGGAUAAAGACAGCCACACGGGUCUUUCAAGCUUUGAGGAUAGCAGUUAAUGAUGAACUCCAGACACUGAAAGAUGCACUUAAUGCUUGUUUUGACUGCCUUUCUUCUGGAGGCAGGCUUGCGGUCAUCUCUUUUCAUAGCUUGGAGGACAGGAUAGUCAAACAGACUUUUCUUGAUAUAAUCAAUAGGGAGGAUGAGGAUAGGGACAAGAGAUACGAAGGUACACAGAGGAAUGGUAAUGAAAAUGAAGAAGCAUGGAUUAAACAGAUAAUUAAGGGAAAAAAUGGGACUAUACUGACAAAGAGACCAUUGACACCUUCCGAAAUGGAGGAGAGAUUGAAUCGGAGGAGCAGAAGUGCAAAGCUCAGAGUUAUUCAGAAGUUAUAAAAUCACAAAUCAUAGCAGCUAACAGCUCACCAAGAAGGCAUUUCAUCUGGCAAGGAGAGAUCCAAUGGUCAAAUUACCUUGGCUUCUGUUGCUGGUAUUAUUUACAGGAAUUUAGUCGCCCAAAAUACUUUUCUAUCAUCACUCUUAUGAAAAGCUGUCAUCCAUUUUGCCAAUUAUUCAUGAAACCCAAGGAUCGCCGUCAAUUCUGAGGCUGCUUUGUAUAUCUUCCAUUCUGCAUGAGUGAAAUUCUAUUGAGGCAUCCCCUACUCUAAUUUAUUUAGCCUUUUUUUGUGCA